GAUGAUUAAGUCCAUUAAGCGCCGAUUUGGUUGAAUUUAUUCCAGGUCAAUUUUAGCGAGAUUCCAAAGGGUACCAUCAUAGAUAUCGGCGAUUUUUCAGAAAUGACAUUUUCUUUCGAUUCUGGAGGCUGCAGAUUAUGGAAUCAGGCCGAGCCUAUUCUCCACCGAUAAUGAAGUGUAUUGAUCCUUUUCUCCACGGAUGAUAAGUCCAAUAAGCACCGAUUUGAGCCAAUCAUUUUCUGAUGGCAUUUUCGUAAUUUUUUGGGCGACGAAAGGGCAUUUUCUUCGGAUUUUGAGGGCUACAAAUCACAGAUUGGGCCAGAGGUUAUUCUUCAACGAUGAUUAAGUCCAUUAAGCGACGAUUUGUGUGAAUUUAUUCGGGGACCAUUUUUUUCAGAUUCCAAAGGGGUACCAUCACAGAUUUCAGGUGAUUUAUCCGAAAUGCCAUUUUCUUUUGAUUCUAGAGGCUGCAGAUCACGGAAUCGGGCCGAGCCUAUUCACUCCCAAUAAUGAAGUCUAUUGAUCUUAUUCUCCACGAAUAAUAAGACCAAUAAGCACCGAUUUGAGCCAAUUCAUUUUCUGAUGGCAUUUUCGUAAUUUUUGGGCGACGAAAGGCCAUUUUCUUAGGAUUUUGAAGGCUACAGAUCACUGAUUCUGCCUGAGGCUAUUCUUCAACGAUGAUUAAGUCCAUUGAGCGCCGAUUUUGGAAAAUUUAAUACCGGUCCAUUUGUGCCAGAUUCCAAAGCGGUACCAUCACAGAUUUUGGCAAUUUUUCCGAAAUGCCAUUUUAUUCGAUUCUGGAGGCUGCAGAUCACAAAAUCAGGCCGAGCCUUUUCUCCAUCGAUAAUGAAGUCUAUUGAUCCUAUUCUCCACGGAUGAUAAGUCUAAUAAGCACCUAUUUGGGCCAAUUUAUUUUCGGAUGGAAUUUUCGUAAUUUUUUGGGCGACGAAAGGCCUUUUUCUUUGGAUUUUGAAGGCUACAGAUCACGGAUAUGUCCUGAGGCUAUUUUUCAACGAUGAUUAAGUCCAUUAAGCGCCGAUUUGGCCGAAUUUAUUCUGGGAACAUUUUUCCAGAUUCCAAAGGGUUACAAUCACAGAUUUCUGUCGAUUUAUCCGAAAUGACAUUUUCUUUUGAUUCUAGAGGCUGCAGAUCACGGAAUCAGGCCGAGCAUAUUCUCCAUCGAUAAUGAAGUCUAUUGAUCCUAUUCUCCACGGAUGAUAGGUCCAUUAAACAGCGAAUUGGGCCAAUUUGAAUUUUGAAUGCUACACAUCACGGAUUCGACCUGAGGUUAUUCUUCAACGAUGAUUAAGUCCAUUAACCGCCAAUUUGGGCAAAUUUAUUCCGGUUCCAUUUUUGCCAGAUUCCAAAGUGGUACCAUCACAGAUUACGACGAUUUAUCCGAAAUUCCAUUUUCAUUUGAUUCUGGAGGCUGCACAUCACGGAAUUCAGGCCGAGCCUAUUCUCCACCGAUAAUGAAGUCUAUUGAUCCUAUUCUCCACAGAUGAUAGGUCUAUUAAGCGCCGAUUGGGACAAUUUAUUUUCGGAUGGCAUUUUCGUAAUUUUUUGGGCGACGAAAGGCCUUUUCUUUUGAUUUUGAAGGCUACAGAUCACGGAUUCGUCCUGAGGCUAUUCUUCAACGAUGAUUAAGUCCAUUAAGCGCCAAUUUGGGCGAAUUUAUUAUGCGUCCAUUUUUGUUAGAUUCCAAAGGGGUACCAUCACAGAUUUCGGCGAUUUUUCGGAAAUACCAUUUUCUUUCGAGUCUGGAGGCUGCAGAUUAUGGAAUCAGGCCGAGCCUAUUCUCCAACAAUAAUGAAGUCUAUCGAUCCUUUUCUCCAUGGAUGAUAAGUCCAAUAAGCACCGAUUUGAGCCAAUCAUUUUCUGAUGGCAUUUUCGUAAUUUUGUGGGCGAUGAAUGGCCAUUUUCUUCAGAUUUUGAGGGCUACAGAUCACGGAUUCGCCCUGAGGCUAUUCUUCAACGAUGAUUAAGUCCAUUAAGCGCCGAUUUGGGCAAAUUUAUUAUGGGUCCAUUUUUGCCAGAUUCGAAAGGGGUACCAUCACAGAUUUUGGCAAUUUUUCCAAAAUGCCAUUUUCUUUCGAUUCUGGAGGCUGCAGAUCACGAAAUCAGGCUGAGCCUAUUCUCCACAGAUAAUGAAGUCUAUUGAUUCUAUUCUCCACGGAUGAUAAGUCCAUUAAGCAGUGAUUUGGGCCAAUUUAUUUUCGGAUGGCAUUUUCAUAAUUUUUUGGGCGACGAAAGACCUUUUUCUUUGGAUUUUUAAGACUACAAAUCACGGAUUCGGCAUGAGGCUAUUCUUCAACGAUGAUUAAGUCCAUUAAGCGACGAUUUGGGCGAAUUUAUUCCGGGACCAUUUUUUCCAGAUUCCAAAGGGGUACCGUCACAGAUUUCGGGUGAUUUAUCCGAAAUGCCAUUUUCUUUUGAUUCUAGAGGCUGCAGAUCACGGAAUCAGGCCGAGCCUAUUCUCUACCGAUAAUGAAGUCUAUUGAUCCUAUUCUCCACGAAUGAUAAGUCCAAUAAGCACCGAUUUAGGCCAAUUUAUAUUCGGAUGGCAUUUUCGUUAUUUUUUCCGCGACGAAAGGCCAUUUUCUAUGGAUUUUGAAGGCUGCAGAUCACUGAUUCGGCCUGAGGCUAUUCUUCAACGAUGAUUAAGUCCAUUAAGCACCGAUUUGGGAAAAUUUAUUCCAGGUCAAUUUUUGCGAGAUUCUAAAGGGUAACAUCACAGAUUUUGGCGAUUUUUCCAAAAUGCCAUUUUCUUUCGAUUCUGGAGGCUGCAGAUCACGGAACCAGGCCGAGCCUAUUCUCCACCGAUAAUGAAGUCUAUUGAUCCUAUUCUCCACGGAUGAUAAGUCCAUUAAGCACCGAUCGGGGCCAAUUUAUUGGGCGACGAAAGGCCUUUUUGUAAUUUUUUGGGCGACGAAAGGCCUUUUUCUUUGGAUUUUUAAGACUACAAAUCACAGAUUCGGCAUGAGGCUAUUCUUCAACGAUGAUUAAGUCCUUUAAGCGCCGAUUUGGGUGAAUUUAUUCUGGGACCAUUUUUGGCAGAUUCCAAAGGGGUACCAUCACAGAUUUCGGGCGAUUUAUUCAAAAUGUCAUUUUCUUUCGAUUCUGGAGGCUGCAUAUCAUGGAAUCAGGCCGAGCCUAUUCUCCACCGAUAAUGAAGUCUAUUGAUCCUAUUCUUCACGGAUGAUAAGUCCAUUAAGCAGCGAUUUGGGCCAAUUUAUUUUCGGAUGGCAUUUUCUUAAUUUUUUGGGCGACGAAAGGCCAUUUUCUUUGGAUUUUGAAGGCUACAAAUCACAGAUUCGGCCAGAGGCUAUUCUUCAACGAUGAUUAACUCCAUUAAGAGCAGAUUUGGGCGAAUUUAUUCCGGGCCCAUUUUGGACAGAUUCCAACGGGGUACCAUCACAGAUUUCGGGCGAUUUUCCGAAAUGCCAGUUUCUUUCGAUUCUGGGGGCCGCAGAUCACGAAAUCAGGCCGAGCCGAUUCUCCACCGAUAAUGAAGUCUAUUGACCCUAUUCUCCACGUAUGAUAAGUCUAAUAAGCACCGAUUUGUGGCAAUUUAUUAUCGGAUGGCAUUUUCGUAAUUUUUUGGGCAACGAAAGGCCUUUUUCUUUGGAUUUUGAACGCUACAGAUCAAUGGAUUAAGCCUGAGGCUAUUCUUCAACGAUGAUUAAGUCUAUUAAACGACGAUUUGGGCGAAUUUAUUCCGGGACCAUUUUUUCUAUAUUCCAAAGGGGUACCAUCACAGAUUUCGGGUGAUUUAUCCGAAAUGCCAUUUUCUUUUGAUUCUAGUGGCUGCAGAUCAUGGAAUCAGGCGGAGCCUAUUCUCUACCGAUAAUGAAGUCUAUUGAUCCUAUUCUCCAAGAAUGAUAAGUCCAAUAAGCACCGAUUUAAACCAAUUUAUAUUCGGAUGGCAUUUUCGUUAUUUUUUGCGCGACGAAAGGCCAUUUUCUAUGGAUUUUGAAGGCUGCAGAUCACUGAUUUGGCCUGAGGCUAUUCUUCAACGAUGAUUAAGUCCAUUAAGCACCGAUUUGGGAGAAUUUAUUCCGAGUCAAUUUUUGUGAGAUUCCAAAGGGGUACCAUCGCAGAUUUUGGCAAUUUUUCCAAAAUGUCAUUUUCUUUCGAUUCUGGAGGCUGCAGAUCACGGAAUCAGGCCGAGCCUAUUCUCCACCGAUAAUGAAGUCUAUUGAUCCUAUUCUCGACGAAUGAUAAGUCCAUUAAGCACCGAUUGGGGCCAAUUUAUUUUCGGAUGGCAUUUUCAUAAUUUUUUGGGCGACGAAAGACCUUUUUCUUUGGAUUUUUAAGACUACAAAUCACGGAUUCGGCAUGAGGGUAUUCUUCAACGAUGAUUAAGUCCUUUAAGCGCCGAUUUGGGCGAAUUUAUUCUGGGACCAUUUUUGGCAGAUUCCAAAGGGGUACCAUCAGAGAUUUCGUGCGAUUUAUUCGAAAUGCCAUUUUCUUUCGAUUCUGGAGACUGCAGAUCACGGAAUCCGGCCUAGCCUUUACUCCUCCGAUAAUGAAGUCUAUUGAUCCUAUUCUCCACGGAUGAUAAGUCCAAUAAGCACCGAUUUGGGCCAAUUUAUUUUUGGAUGGCAUUUUCGUAAUUUUAUGGGUGACGAAAGGCCUUUUUUUGGAUUUUUAAGACUACAGAUCACGGAUUCACCCUGAGGCUAUUCUUCAACGAUGAUUAAGUCCAUUAAGCACCGAUUUGGGUCAAUUUAUUCCAGGUCAAUUUUUGCGAGAUUCCAAAGGGUACCAUCACAGAUAUCGGCGAUUUUUCUGAAAUGACAUUUUCUUUCGAUUCUGGAGACUGCAGAUCACGGAAUCAGGCCUAGCCUUUUCUCCACCGAUAAUGAAGUCUAUUGAUCCUAUUCUCCACGGAUGAUAAGUCCAAUAAGCACAGAUUUGGGCCAAUUUAUUUUCGGAUGGCAUUUUCGUAAUUUUUUGGGCGACGAAAGGCCAAUUUAGUUGAAUUUUGAAGACUACAGAUCACGGAUUCGGCCUGCGGUUAUUCUUCAACGAUGAUUAAGUCCAUUAAGCGUCGAUUUGGGCAAAUUUAUUCCGGGUCCAUUUUUUCCAAAUUCCAAAGUGGUACCAUCACAGAUUUCGGCGAUUUAUCCGAAAUUCCAUUUUCAUUUGAUUUUGGUGGCUGCACAUCACGGAAUUAGGCCGAGCCUAUUCUCCACCGAUAAUGAAGUCUAUUGAUCCUA